UUAAGCUAUUUACAUUUUUUUUCAGUUGUGCAUUGAUCUUGGAAAGCUAAUGUUAUAUUUCAUCUGAACACAAUGACUGAGUCAUUAGAAAAUCUGAGAGAGAAGAUAGCCUCAUUAGAAAAAGAACUUCAACAAGAAAAAGAAAGAAAUGAUUCCUUUAAAAAAAGGGAGAAGAUUGCAGAGAUGUCCUCUGAAGUGGUUGACAGUAACCCUUACAGUCGGCUGAUGGCUCUGAAGCGCAUGGGCAUUGUUGAGAACUACGAGAAGAUCAGAGACUACACUGUGGCUGUGGUGGGGGUUGGUGGUGUAGGCAGUGUAACUGCUGAGAUGCUCACUCGGUGUGGCAUUGGCAAGCUGCUGUUGUUUGACUACGACAAGGUGGAGCUCGCCAACAUGAAUAGGCUAUUCUUCCAGCCACACCAAGCAGGCCAGAGCAAAGUGGAGGCUGCUGCUGGUACGCUUUUGGCCAUCAAUCCUGAUGUACAGUUUGAGGUGCACAACUACAACAUCACCACCGUCGACAACUUUGAUCAUUUUAUGAACAGGAUAUCCAAGGGCAGCCUAACAGAAGGACCGGUGGACAUUGUGCUGAGCUGCGUGGACAACUACGAGGCUCGCAUGGCCGUAAACCGCGCAUGCAAUGAGCUUAACCAGACGUGGUUUGAAUCCGGAGUGUCGGAGAACGCAGUGAGCGGCCACAUCCAGUUUCUGGUGCCGGGUGAGACGGCCUGCUUUGACUGCGCACCGCCUCUGGUUGUGGCCAGUCAGAUCGAUGAGCGCACACUCAAGAAGGACGGCGUCUGUGCCGCCUCACUUCCCACUACCAUGGGCAUAGUCGCUGGGCUCCUCGUGCAGAAUGUCCUCAAAUAUUUACUAAAAUUUGGCGUUGUGAGCUCGUAUCUCGGCUACAACGCGCUGCUAGAUUACUUCCCUUCGAUGGUAGUGCGCCCUAACCCCACGUGCGAGGAUAACUGGUGUCGCAGACGGCAGCAGGAGUAUGCUGCUGCUGAGGCUGUGCGUGCUACUCAAGCAGCAACUGCUGCUCCUCAGCCACAGCAGCAGGAGGAGGCUGUCACCCAUGAGGAUAACUCAUGGGGCAUCUGUCUAGUGGACGAAACCCCAACGGAGCCUCGCACGGACCCGGCCGGUGGCACCUCGCCAGUGACGCCCCCCGGUGCGGUAGUGGGGGGCCUGGCCCCGGGUAUCAGGGUGGCAUACGACCGCCCCGCUGCUGACGGUGCCGAAGACGACAGCGACAACAGAGGCGCCGUUGGCAGCUCGGCGCCACCCGCUCCUGACGUGACACUCGAGGAACUCAUGGCCACCAUGAAGAGCUUGUAGUUGUCCACUUGGGUCCUUGAGUAAUUUGUUCCUUGAGUAAUUUGUGAUGAAAUAUUGGAAGAUAAUGAGAUAUUAAAUAUUAGAAGGUAUCCAGCCUCACUCGUUUUCCAUGUGACUGACUGUAAGCAAAGCUUUUUAUUGUAUUUGUUUCGUGCGAUUAUAUGCGUGCCUGCAACAAAAUUUUACUUCUGAAUUCAGUCUGAAAUUGCGUUGAUUUUAAAUGCUUAGUAUUCACGAUGUGCAGGAUGGGACUGAAGGCAGGGUUAUAGUUUAAUAAGUUUAUUAUUCAAGUAACAGAUGGUCUAAGUAAUGAGAACACUGAUGGCAAAAUGUUUAUUUCAAAGGAGUGAUUGUGCCUCUUUCGUUUGCGUGGUAAUGAGUAUUUUUUUUAUAACUAGAGAUGUCGAAACGGCAAUUGCCGUCCAUUAUUUUAAAUUGGGUUCCUAUUGUUUAUCACGUUGGCUUUAUUUAUGGCCUCUCUAUCAAAGUAAUUGUUAUUAGCAAGACUCUGAAAUCUCUGGGUAAUUGCUACAGAGAUAGGAUUAUAUA